AUGGCGACAAACGGAGAUUGGUGUUUGAUCGAGUCAGAUCCAGGAGUUUUCACAGAAUUGAUCAGAAACUUUGGAGUGAGCGGUGUUCAGGUGGAAGAGUUGUACACUUUGGAGUUGGAACAUCUCAGAGACUUGGCGUAAGUUAUAUCACUCUUUCAUCAUUAAUUACAAGCAUUCUGUGUAAAUUUUUGUUUCUUUAUUCAUUUGCAAUUGAGAAUAUGAAUUUGAUUGUUUUAGCCCAAUUCACGGUCUUAUAUUUUUGUUUAAAUACCACGUUGGAGAAGAACCAACAGGAGAAGUAGUACCAAACGCACCAGGAGUCUACUUUGCUCAACAAGUCAUCAACAAUGCUUGUGCCACACAAGCCAUCCUCAAUCUGCUACUGAAUGUAAAGGGUGGAGCCGUUAAAUGGGGGAAGAUAUUAGAAGAUUUCUACAGUUUUUCGAACGAAAUGGACCCAGCUGUAAGUUGUGGUGAAUAUUUAGGCUAUAAUAAUUAUAAAAGGUAUUUUAUUACAGUUUUUAAACUUAUACUCACUUUGUCAUAUCGACUUUUAGACCCGAGGGCUGUGUUUGUCGAACAGUGAAGAGAUACGAAAGCACCACAACGCUUUCAGUCGACCGGCUUUGGUCGAGAUCGAGGGGCCUCAGAAGGAGAAGGAAGAGGCUUACCACUUUGUCACAUACGUACCUGUAAAUGGUCAUGUCUACGAGCUGGACGGACUCAAAGAAGGCCCAAUUGACAUUGGACCAAUCCCCGAUGGAAAGGACUGGCUGGAUGUUGUUCACGGAACAUUGAAUGCCAGAAUAGAACGGUAAGUUCUUUUUUUUUGUAACUAAUUUAUAUUUUACAGACACACUCAUUCUGAGAUCACAUUCAACUUGAUGGCCGUAGUGGCAGACCGAAAAGAGAAGUACGAACGGGAAUUGGCCGCGGUAGAAUCUGUAAGUUACUAUAAUAUCAAUCUCUGUAUAACGUCAAUUUUCUUGAUCCAUCACUGUUUUAUAAAUGUUAUAGCAUGUAGGUAAUGUUAUCUUUAUAGAUGAACGCCAGCGAAGACGAGAAGGCCUCUCACCGUUGUCGGCUCCAGAUGCUGAUGCAGGAAGAACAAGACAAGUUCACCGCUUACAAAGACGAGAACAUCAGACGGCGACACAACUACACGCCCUUCAUUGUGGAGCUUCUGAAGGCGCUGGCCAAGGAAAACAAACUGAAUCCGCUUCUGGAGAAGGCCGUCAAGGAAUCAGCUGAUCGCCAGAAGGCAGCUCAAUGA